AACUUAUCUUUGCUCCUUCCAUAACCUCAAGAAAACCCGAAGAGUUCUCCAGAGAAACCCAAUGCAAAGUUGCAGCCUUUUCUCGAUUGUGAGGUGCUUCAAUGGAUGCCGGGAUCAUACACAGCUUUCAGGGAUCGGGACAAGGGUUUGGAACCUUAGUGACAGGCCUGUUGAGCUUCAGAUCAGGGUGGGAUCGAUACUGAAGAAAGUUCAUACGCUCAAGCCUGGUUCAUCAAAAAGGUUGAAAAGCAAGAAGAUUUACAAGGCGUAUGUUCCUGGUGAUAAAAGUUGUGGUGGUAGAGCGAGUGGCGGUGGUGGUGGAACGAGGAGUUUCUUGUAUUACUAUGACGAAACAUGCCAUCCUUACAUCUGGGUACAUGACACUGCAGGUGAUUUCUCUAGGAUGGUAAGGCAACAAUACAUUAGUCUUGAAGAUCUUAGAGAUUGUUCCGAGAUCAGAAUCUUUAGAGAUCAUGUAAAAGGCUCGAUAUCCAUCAGAAAGAAACCCAGACCUGAUUUUUGUUGAUUCUUCUUCGUUUGCAUGUUUCUUGUAAGAUAAGAGUGAAGAUUCCUAUUAUCCCUUUCUACUCUCAUUUCAACGUCUUUUGUAUAAAACUGUGUACCUUAUGCAAUGAUCAGUGAUUUUUUUCU